CACCGACUUUGCCAAGAAAAAAUUAGUACGUUCUCGCUCCUUCUGCUUCCACUGUUUCGCACUCGAAAUGCUUCACAGUUAUUCUUUUUGUUUCUUCCCUCUCCAAAAUAAGCGAAUAAAGAGGAAGAAGAAGAAGAGGAGGGGGAAAAAUGGACGUUCCUCUCCUUCUCUGUGCCUCUUCUUCUUCUUCCCGAUUCGUCUGCUCUCCAUUCACCCAAAAUGCCCUUCUCUUCAAGAACCGUAACUUCCUCUGCAUUUUUCCAAGAUCUCGAUCGUUCAGAUUCUUGACGCCCCGUAACUCCUCCGCGACAUCGGAAUCGUCAGUGGGGAAGAACAUCAACAACCUGACGGUUUCUGGAAUCUUUGGCUGUGAUCGGCGGCUUUCCGGCAUCCAGAAGGUUGUGGAUGUCGUUCCUUCUUCCGGAAGAUAUGCAUUAUCGGCUCUUGUGGUUGUUGGAGCUCUAGCGGCCGGAUACGCCAUUGGACUCCGUAUUGGAGGAACGCGUGCUACCUCCAUCGGCGGUGCAGUCGCUCUGGGGCUUGUUGGUGGAGCAGCGGUGAUUACAUUGAAUUCCGCGGUGCCAGGUGCCGCGGUUGUGAGCUUGCAUAGUAAGAUCGCUGGUUGCGGUAAUUUAGAGGCGUUGAAGAGGGAGGAUAUCGAGCAGGUUGCGAGAAGGUAUGGAGUGAGUAGACGGAACAGGGCAUUCACUGCUGAGCUUUAUGAUUUAUACAGCAGGUUUGUGAUGUCUGUUCUUGGAACUGGGAGUGAGUCUCUCAAAGGCGAUGAGGUUGACAGGAUUAUCAAAUUCAAAUGUGCUUUGGGAAUUGAUAAUCCUGAUGCAGUUGAUGUUCAUAUGGAGUUAGGAAGGCACAUUUACGGGCAAAUACUGGAAACAGGGGAUCAUGAUGCAGACAUGGAACAUUACCUGUUGUUUCGGAAAUUGGUUUAUGUUUCAAGCCUAGUGUUUGGAGAAGGUUCAGUGUUUCUUUUGCCAUGGAAGCAGGUUCUCAAGGUUGCUGAUUCUCAGGUUGAAUUUCCUAUUCAAGAUGCUGAGAAAUUAUAUGCAGAGAAACUAAAAUUGAUCAGCCUAGAUGUCAGUGAGGAGCAGCUUCUUGAAGUGCGAACAACACAGGUCCAGUGUCAUCUUCCUGAUAAGAUUGCUGCUCAUUUGCUUAGGAAGCACAUCAGGAAACUUAUUGAAGAAAAAGUUGCGGCUGCCCUAGCUGUGGUGAAAUCCAGAUCAAGAAGCAAGGAGUUGAGUAUUAUUGAUCAUCUUGAGGCGGUCUUAUCAUUUAAUAGUUUGUUAAUAUCGUUGACCAGCCAUCCUGAAGUCAGCCGAUUCCCUCCUGGGAUUGCACCUUUUUCUUUGUCAGGUGGUAAACAUGAUGGUGAUGGAAAGGUGGAUGAUCUGAAGCUUCUUUAUCGAUCAUAUUUAAUGCAAGCUUUCUCUAAUGGGCAUAUUGAGCGUACUGCUUUGGACAAUUUGAAGGAUAUAUUUGGUUUAAGCAAAUCUGAAGCUGGAAGGAUUAUGCUUGAAAUUAGCUCUGUAUUCUACCUUAGACGGCUUUCAAAAGCAUUUUCUCAGGGAGAAUUGGAGAGAGCAACUAGCAAAGAAACUUUCCUUCAGAACUUGUGCAGUGAACUGCGUUUUGAUCCAGAGGAGGCUCAUAGACUCCAUAAAGAAAUAUAUCGGCAGAAGCUCCAGCUUGCUGUAGCUGAUGGUGCACUGUGUGAGGAGGAUGUUGCUUCUUUACUGCAGUUACAGGUUCUUUUGUGCAUUUCGCAGAAAACAGUGGAUGCAGCACAUUCAAAUAUAUGUGGCAGUGCAUUUGAGAAGGUUGUGAGAGAUGUGAUUACUUUAAGUAUUGAUGGAUCUGACAAUGACCUCAAAGCAGAAAUAAGGAAAGCUUCUCAGGGUUUGCGGUUAAGCAGGGACGCUUCGAUGGCCAUAGUCAACAAGACGGUGAGAAAAGCAUUUAUGAACUAUGUGAAGAAGUCCAGGGCAGCUGGCAGUGGUACCGAGGCAGUCAAAGAGCUGAAGAAGAUUGUUAUAUUAAACAAUAUAGUUGUGACAGAGCUAAUAUCUAGCUUAAGAGAAGAAUUUCCUUCUGAUUCACCAAGGUAUGAAGAAGAAACCAAAUCGCCUAGGAUGAAUGAGGAAGCUGAACGGGAGCCUCUUCAUAUGCAGAGAAAGGCGGGGUUCAACAAGAAGCUUCAAGCAAUGCUUGGAAAAACAAGUCAGGUAAAAAUUACGCUAGCGGCUGAUCUGUCAGAGAGGGAAAGAUGUGACUUGUACCGAACGUACUUAUUGCACUGCAUCUCUAGGGAGGCUGCUGUUGUACUGUUCGGCGCACAGAACAUUAUGAGGAAAGGGGACAUUGAAUAUUUUAUAUUGAAUCAACUAGGGCAGAUCUUAGGAUUGAGCAGUAAAGAAAUUGCUUCUAUUCACAAAAGCUCAGCUGAGAAAGCCAUCAGGGAUAAGGUAUGAGUGAUUCUAGCUGAUGGGCUAUUGACAAAUGAACGGAUUAAGCAACUAAUGAUGUUCAAAAGCAGAGUUAGCACAGAAUGUCAACAAGAUAUAGCAACAAUAAAGCAGCUGCGAUAGAAGCAAUUGCUAAACAGGGAACAAUUACUAUAAACUAUGAAGUAGCAAACUGAAAGAAGCAAACGUGGAUUUGCAAAGCAUGAUGUCAUCGAACUCGUGCAAAAGUCUAUUAAAAACUAGAUAUGAGGUUUUCUCCUUGGGGACUGGAGAAUUUGAUGGACAGGAGGUUAUCUAAAUGAUUCCAGCCAAUCUCUGCAUUGAUGCUGACACAUCAAGAAGAAUGGUGCUUGAACUUGUGAAGACCAGGCAAACAAACCUACUAAUUCAAGCUGUAUCCUCACCAAGUUGCAGUCUUAGAGGAAAGGGAACUGGCGUGGUUGGGGAAAAAGGACGACUUUGUAUUUAAGGCAAAUUAUCAAGCAAUAAUCAGCAUUUGCUUUUCCAGCUUAAAUUGAAAAAAUAAAAAUUCCUCUACAUGUCAGACAGCUUAUAUGAAUUUUUAAUGGAAAAGGUUGCUUGUUACUGUCUUCAA